AUGGACUGGGGGCCACGCCACGGAUCCCGCCCCGUUUCGAUGUGUCUCCCGCACUCUGACCAGGGCAAGGGCUCCCCAACGCAGGAGAACCUCGUGAGCUCGCAAGUUGCUGCACCAAGACCUGCCAUGGACCCGGGAGGCCCUCGUGCCAAGCAGCGGCCGUGGGAUCGCGGACGGGCAAAGUUUGCUUGCAAGAGAGCCUCUGCGCUACUAUCAAGCCCUAUCUCCAGUUCAGAGACAGUGAGAGUAUUCGUAGGAGAGGAAUGCCGAGAAUUCGUCCUUUCCAAGAAGGCCCUAUCGUCAACGUCGGAAUACUUUGCCGACCGCCUGGACGCUUCGAGCGUCAACUUCGUGCAGCGCAAUGCCCAACUCAACACGCUAUGGCUCGAGGAGCUAUGUCCCGAGAUGUUCGAGCUCUUCGCGUACUGGCUCGAUGAGAGGGGAGGCUUCCAGGGGUUCAUCGACGAGGCCGAGGCGAACGACUGCUGCGAGGACCUGCAAUGGGACCUCAUUACUCUCCACCUCUUCGCCGCCCGGAUAGGUCUCGACGCUUUACAGGACGCGGCGAUGGACGGCAUCCAGGACAUCUACCUCCGCCUCGACUGGGACAUCACACCGAAAUUCGUCAGCCAGAUAUACGCGGAGUGCGACCCGGUCGACAGCUACCGGCUGCGGAAGUGGAUAGUCGCCAUGGCGGCCUGGUCUCUGGGCGGCUGCGUCGAGAAGAUCGGGACUGCGGAUAAGAUGGGGGCCCUGUUCCAGGCGUGCCCGGAGUUCUGGCACGACUACGUCGCCCACCUGUCCAAGUCGUCCAAGAGCAAGAUCAAGCUUGCCUUCAAGAACCCGCAGCUGCGGCUGCCCAGCAACAACCUCCGCAACGACGAGCGCCAGUUCGGCUUCCGGCAGUGCUCCUUCCACACCCAUCGCUCCUCAGUCGGGCAGGGCCGGUGUCCUCACGCGUUUUCACUCUCACCCUCAUACCCAUACCCUCCUGUGCAGAGGCCCGAGUCGCCAUUGACCGAGGAAGACUCCGACCUCGAGCUCGGGUCCAUCACAGGCAAGGCGCUCGUCGCUUCGCCCAGGACAGCCAUCUUCGAUCUGUACCUGGACCUUGACUGA